CAUUGGAACUCAUCAACAACGACGGUAUACUGUUAUAUCUGGUAAUGAUCUUUCACGACGCUUCACAGCGCAUCGAUCUAUCAAUUAUACAAAAAUAUUCCGCUGCGAAACACCUCUCGCACGUUAUGAUGCUAAUCGUCAAUUCGGAGACCGUCACCGAAGCUUGGUUGCGUCAUACCUUCGCGAUUUUUUGGCACAUUUGGUUUCUUAAUGUCGUGAUAAUGUUUCAACGCAACAAUGAGCUGCAUGUUUACAGAUACAACCCAUUUACCGAUGAAUUUCUUAUAAAAUUGGAACUAAGCAGCGGCGUGCUUCCGCGCAAAGACGACCUCUUCCCACCAAAAUUACCGGAUAUGGGCGGCAAGCCGUUGAGCGUAUGUCUGUACCAGGAUGAGGUGCGAGCCAUUUUCGAGGACGACGACGACGACCAGAAGGUUAUCGGCAGCGAUGGUUUCAUGUCGGCUUUCAUCGCCGAACGCUUGAAUGCCACGCGUGUAAUACAUCGCGUCAGCAGAUUUGGCAACUUCAUGCUAAGAGCCGAUAUUUGCUUCAAGGAGAUCACACAUGAGCUAGAUGAUGUAGCCUUCAAUACACGUUUCCUAGCGGCGCCGACAUUUGCGCGACAAGUCGAAUAUACGAUCGUGCACAGCCGUGACGACCUGUGUGUGUUAGUGCCGAAAACUAGGAUUGCAACUAUAUUCUGGAACCUAUUUCGUUCAUUCACCAUACCGGUGUGGCUGACGAUACUGCUCUCGAUACCGCUUGCCUAUAUCUUUUGCAACUUGGUGCACCUGCGUCUGCACAAGUGUGACUUCGAUCUACUUCAACUGUACGCCACCACAUUGUCAAUGCCCUUGACACGUAUUCCGGCACGCACCCCUCUGCGUAUCUUCCUCUUCUAUUGGCUCUUCUAUGGCAUGUUGAUUUGCAACGCUUUCAAGGGAAAUCUCACAAGCAGUCUCGUCUUUCGCACAUAUCAGCCGGAUCUUAAUACAAUUAAGGAUUUGGCUGAGUCACCGUAUGACAUGUUGACAUAUUCCAGACACUCUAAGCAUUUAGAGCGUUUUCUCAAUAUAAGUGACCCUUAUGAAGCCACAAUACAGCGAAAAUCAAUCGUUGCGCCCGACGAGCAAAUUGUAGCGAAAGUCCGAGAAAAUAAUCUAUCGUACGCUUAUCUGCAGAAAUUUCACUUUGCAACGUUCCAUGCGAACGCACGCAUGCACUCACAUCGGGGCAGGCCGCUCUACCACGUCAUGUCCACUUGCCUGGUGCCUUUUCACGCCGUCUACAUUGUGCCCUAUGGAUCGCCCUAUUUGGGCUUCAUCAACCGAUUGAUACGCAGCUCGAUCGAAUUCGGCUACGCUGUUCAUUGGGAGAGUAUCAUGAAUGCGGCAUUCAUAGAGUCGGGAAAGAAGAACAUCCGCAAUCCGAUGAACGAUGAUGAUCCAGUGGUGCUAAAGUUGUUCCAUUUUCAAGCAGCCUUCUUUCUCUUGUUCUUGGGGCUAAAGCUGGCGUUCCUGACAUUCCUGUGGGAGAUUUUUAAGCACCGCUCCCCAGGAUUUGAUUUGAAGAAAGCAAGAAUGCGUGUUAUACAUUCUCCAGCAAAGAGCGCACAAAACUAAGAAAUUGUAACGAUGUUGGUUUUAUAUAGACUACAUACUACGUAAGUACAUGGGUAUCUUUUCAGCUCAUUUUCAGUUUAAAGGUACAUUGGAUAAAAUCGAUUGAAAUUUCAAACAAUGGGUCAGUU